UUUAUAAGGACACAUAUUCCUGUAAGUGCAGAUGUUUGCCUAGAGACACAUCGAAGCUUCGUCUGAUUCUCAUUCUCAGAACUCGAUCUCCGCCCACAGAGAUACUGUUAGUCUUUUCAUUUGGAAGAGUUAUGCCGAAAAUGGCCGGCUCUCGAUGGCUGCCCAUCGCCGCUCUCUCUGUCAUACUGUGUGGUGGGGUCCACACAUUCAAGCCAUUCACAUUCGACCAAAGGCAAAUCUCUCAUGGGGAUAUCACUGAGACGGCCAUCCUGCGUAAGACCGCAGAGGUGUGCCGUGACCUGGCGCAGAAGGAGGGGAGACCCUUCAGCCUGACGAUUGACAACAGAUUGUCAGCAUCUGCGGUUCAGGCAGCCUGUUCCCCAGACAGUGACCCCUCCCUGCUGUCAAGCAUUAAGUUUAAAGCUGCUAUCAUGGAGGUGUAUGUGAACAACUGGAGUGUGGACCUCAGUUUACAUUUCUUUGAUGCAGAGUAUCAUUUUGACAAUGAAAAAUUUGUAGAAGGUCGGAAUCUUAUCACCCAGGGCAGGAGUAUCGUUAAAAAUAGUGUGAAAGAGGAGAGCUUUUUAUCAGCAAGAGUAACACUGGGAAAAAUAUGUCACACCUUGCAGGAUUUCUACAGUCACAGUAACUGGAUAGAACUGAAAAAUCAAGUCCCAUUCAGCACCCUGAUCAAGCCGGACGUCAACUUCAUAAACCUUGCAGACAAGAACACGGCGACAUGCACGGACUGUAUAGGUGGCAACUGCGAGAACAACAUCCUCCCAGAGAUUCUGAGUGCAAAGACGUUAACUUCUGGGUACUUUGAUGUGUUUAGCGGCAAGAAACCACCAGGAAAGUGCAGUCAUGGUGGGUUUUUUGACCGAACCAGCAAACAGAAACCCUUAGGUGGGAUCAGCAAAGAUACUACAGACUCAGACCAUGGCAAUCGACAUGUGGAUGCUGCCAAUGUUGCAAUUAACGCCACCAUGGAGCUUCUGGAAGACAUCCGGGGAGCCAUUGGAGAUAUCAACUUCCUACGGUUGAUGGGCAUCACACACUCCUCAGUGCUGGCUUUUGUGAUUGACACCACUGGCAGCAUGUUCGAUGACAUUGAGGAGGCCAAGCGUGUGGCGUUCUCCAUCAUCGACAGCAAGCAGGCCUCCGCGUACAUCCUUGUGCCCUUUAAUGACCCUGAAUUUGGGCCAUUAACAAGGACAACAGAUGCGGAUCUUUUUAAGCAAAGAAUUACAGCGCUUGGGGCAAGUGGUGGAGGUGAUGAACCAGAGAUGUGUCUGUCAGGACUCCAGCUGGCCCUUACAGGUGCUCCUCCCUCCUCAGAGAUUUUUGUCUUCACGGAUGCUUCCGCCAAAGAUAUCUACCUGAAGAGCACAGUGCUGUCACUGAUGGAGAGCACAAAGUCAGUGGUAACCUUCAUGUUAACGAAAGUCUUCGGUGCCCGACGUCGAAGAAGCAACGACAACAAUCAAGGGCAACAGCAGCAAUUUUCCAGUCGAGUAUCGUCGUCUGCCAGCCAGGAAUACCAGCAAUUGGCACAGGCAUCGGGGGGGCUGGCUAUACAGGCCAGCAAGGCCAACUUGCCCCAGGCCACCAGCAUUAUUCUGGACUCCACCACCUCUGCUCUGGUCACCCUUUUCCAGGCUGUGAGGGACCCAGGGAAGGAUGAAGAAUUAAUCUUCAUGGUAGAUCCAUCUAUCAGAAACAUGACAGCUUACAUCACAGGCAACAGUGUCACAUACAGUAUCCAGAAUCCUUUAGGUGUCCUGCAGAGCAGUGCAGAACCAAAUGGCCCCCUGGGGUCUAUACAGGCAGUGGGGAACCUCAACAGGAUUCAGCUCAACCAGCAGGAGGGAUUAUGGAAAAUCCACAUCAGUUCUACGCAGCCCUAUCAACUGAAAGUCACAGGUCGAAGCACAAUUGACUUCAUAUUCACAUUUUUUAAUAUAUUAAUGGAUCCCCUAAAAGGAAUGGAAUUAAAUGAAGGUCGUCCCCAAGUAGGCAAAAACGCCACCUUGUUCCUCACAGUAACCAGUAACACUCCAGUAAGUGUCACAGAAGUGUUAUUGGUGGAGGCAUCAGGGGCCGGCCAGACGAACGGCACCUUACAGGACCUGGGCCUCGGGAGCUAUCUAAUGACAGUGGACACGAUGCCAGAGGGUGUCUUUAACGUGCGAGUGACAGGGAUGUUGGCCAGCUCCUCACGCUCUUCUGGCACGCUCUUCCAGCGGCAGUCAAACAUUCAAAUCAAGGCCUCGAAUCUGAUUGUCUCUGUCCAGGGCACAUCGAACCUGGAGCCCGGGGUGCCCAUCACCAUUCCUUUCACUGUACGAUCCCCUGGGUCAAGCCCAUUAUACCUGAUCAGUGUCCGUGAUGAUAAAAACUUUCUUCAGACAUUCACCGGAACUCUGAAGCUGGUGAAUGGCAGUGCCGAGGGCUCAGUGAAUCUCAUCGCUCCAGGGGACACACCGUCUGGCACUGAUGUCACUGUGACCAUCACAGCCCAUUCUAGUGACAACAGUGAUUCCAACUAUGCAGUAGUACGACUCUCUGUCAUCUCUAAGGUUACAGACAUCAACCCCCCAGUGUGCCAGGGCAACAUGAUGGGUAACUGUUCGGGGACCUGCAGCCUGUCCAGCUGGGAACUCUCAGCUAAUGUGACCGACGUCAACGGCACGGGUGUCACUAGUGUGUCUGCCCGCGGGGGAAACGGCACCCUCAAUAGCACCACCUUUGUGGGGGAGGGGGGCAUCAAUGUCACACAGGUGUUCUAUAGUGCCUCUUGCUGUGCCCCUGAUCUAGAGCUUGUAGUGGUGGAUGCUGUGGGUAAUGUGGGCAGAUGUAUAUAUUCUGUUAGGGCUCCCAGCACCGGAGCGGCUCCAAGCACCGGAUCGGCUCCCAGCACCUCGGUUCUGCCCACUGUCCCUGUGACCCCCAGCAAAGGGGCCGCUUCUAUGGCACCACAUCUCUCAGUGUGGGCAAGCCUGCUGAUCAUCUUGAAGGCAUUCAUAGUCAUGUGACAACAGCAAUCCACAGACCUCAUUGGGAGAUGCAAUUCAACCAAUGAGAGCACCGCCACCAUCUUUUACUCUUCUUCAUGCAGUGUCACCCUGGUUACAUUACUGCUCUUUAGCUUACGUAUACCUUACUAUAUAUACAGCAUAUAUCUUUUAAAUAACUGUCUUCUACCUUUACGCAUUUACUCAAAUGAAAAGCUGAAGAAUGUCUAGAAUUAAUCUCUAUCCUGUGGUCAUUUGAAAUCAGUGUCCGUGUCAAUCUAGGGAAAACUAUGUCUUGGUCUCAUGGCCAUUAAUCUAGAGAGGAUGAUGGGGAAGAGGAACACAGGCACACAGCAAACAUGCCGCUCUGACAGACGAGAGAGUUUUGUAAAGAAGGGGAUCCGGUACGUGACCGACCACUGGGGUGAACAUCUGCUCACAUCUGCAGGGUGAUGACUCACCAUGAGCGAGACACAACAGACACACAGAUUCCCAAUUACCAUCACUGAGACAAUCCCCCCCCCCCCAACAGAGAUAUAUCCAGGCUCCCCAAUUAUUAUAACCGAGGCUUGUCAAGCUACUUUUUAAUUCAAAACAGCCUUUUAGAACUAUAAUCUGAAUGUACUUGAAAUUAAUGUUUUACUUAAAAUUACUGAUUAUUUCUGUGAUUUUUUUUGGUAACCAAAUGAAGUCAUGAUUUUUAUUAUAACACCCAAUAAACAUGCACAUUUUUUGCUGUA